ACUGAGUGACAUCGACAUUUGGCAAAGAUGGGUUUGGACGAGCGUAUCGUUACCCUAUUCAAAAGAAAUGCCCAUCACACGCUGACCUAUUGGAGCGUGUUCUUCAGCUUUGGACUCUGCAUUGCUUUCCUUGGACCAACAAUUUUGGACUUGCAAUGCCAAACAGACUCCACACUUGGUCAGAUUACCUGGGUAUUCUUUGCCCAGCAGUUCUGCUUGUUGAUUGGCAGCUCUAUCGCUGGCAUCUUUAAGAAGACUGCUCUUGCUGCCUUAUUUGUCUGUACUCUCACCAUCUCGCUAAUAUUUGCCAUCAUCCCUCUGUGCAAUAAUGUUCUCGUGCUGGCCAUCGCCAUGGCCUUGUCUGGUUUUGCGAUGGGCAUCAUUGACACCAUUGCUAACAUCCAACUGGUGACCAUCUAUCAGAGGGAUUCGGCUGUUUUCCUUCAGGCUCUUCAUUUCUUCAUUGGGCUCGGAGCGCUGGUGAGCCCACUGAUUGCAGACCCUUUCCUCUCUGAGACGGGCUGUGGGAAUCACACAGGGAACGGGAGUGAGAUCAUGCAUCACUUCAGAAACAUGCUGAGACACAGUCCGAUUGCAGAGCACAACAUAAACCAAACCUACCUGCCACACGGGGGCGGGGAAGUGGAGUCGAAUGUGCACUCCGCCUUCUGGAUCAUGGCUGUUAUCAAUCUCCCCGUGCCCAUCGCUGUCCUGUUCCUGAUGUAUUGCGAGCAAUUGAUCCCGUGUUGCCCCAAAGGCCCGCCUCGUCUCCUGGACAAAGAUGAAUUAGCUAUGGAGGACCAGCAGGAGGCCGCAUGCUCCGACGUGGAUCUGAAGGAACACGAGACUGGAGGUCAUGGGAACAUCUUUAGCUGCUGUCAGAAUGGUAACCUGCGCGGGCUGCCAGUAUCCUUCUUCAUGGUUCACAUCCUCGGUGGGUUGGUGCUGUUCAUGACCGAUGGCAUUGUGGGUACAUAUGCUGGCUUCGUCUACACUUAUGGUGUUGCACCACCCAUUUCAUUGCCAAAUAAGAUGGCUGGUUACCUGGCCAGUAUAUUUUGGGCAGCGAUCACUGCCGGCCGUCUUUUGUCCAUUCCACUUUCAUACCGUUUCCAGCCUGUAAAACUGCUCAUCUUCAACCUGGCAGGGGCCAUUGUAACUGUCUUGAUGCUGCUUAUUUUCUACACCAGCAGCACCUUUCUCUUUGUCGGGACUUGUUUGUGCGGGCUUUUUCUCAGUAGCAUAUUCCCAUGUAUGCUCGCCUAUACGGAAGACAUCCUUGAUUAUCAGGGGUGUGCAACGCCAGUGCUGGUGACGUGUGCAGGGAUGGGAGAGAUGGUAAUGCAGGUUCUGGUUGGCUCAAUUAUCCCUACCUUGGGCAGCUACAGCUUCCUACUGUGCGGAAUGAUAAUCGCCUGCACUGGAUUCAUCUUCUUCAUCGGGCUCCUGCUGUUCCAUCGGAUGCACAGAAAUUACCUCACAGGAACAACAAAAAAGUCGGCCAUGGUGGAGGAACCAGCAACAGAGCACAAUGGAUCGGCCAUACCUGAGAUCAAUGGAUCGGCCAUAACUGAGAUCAAUGGAUCGGCCAUAACUGAGAUCAAUGGAUCGGCCAUAACUGAGAUCAAUGGAUCGGCCAUAACUGAGAUCAAUGGAUCGGCCAUAACUGGGCAGAAAAAUGAGGCAGAGAGCAGCUGAGAGGGGAAGCAGCGCUGUUUUGUCCUUUAGUGGCUACUGUGGGGGAUGAAGUAUUACAACAAUGUCUUUUACUAAAGCCUACCUAACUGAACUGUUUGAUUGUUAAUGCACUGGAGAUUAAAAAAUGUUUUCCGAUAGCAUGCUACUGUUAUAGUUCAUACCCUUGGAUUCCUUUUGUUCUGUAAAUCAAAGUCAGUGUUUGUCAAAUUGAGGAUUUUGGUUUUGUUUCAUAUUUGUUCAGGGAGUAACUGUACUUUUGAAUGCUUUUUCUAUUUGAAUUAUGUUAUGUGUUGUUUUGAUUGUCAUUUUGUUUUUAUGCUGUUUCAUGUGUUUUUGCACAUGGCACGUGGAUUCCUAUAUAAAAUGUUUAUUAAACAUUUAUACUGAUAAAGUGAACAGUGUGGGUUUGAUCGAUGAAGACAACUCUGUCCUUGCAUUUUAUGAAGAACAAAGGAAACGUUGUAGAUACAUACAACACACAUGCAACCAUUAAAUGUUUAUUUUUUUGCCCUCAGAAUGAACUAGUCAAGGGGACAGCCUCAAGUCUUACACCGUUAAACAUCAAAUGUUGAAGAAAGGACUUUGUACUUAAAGAAGUUGGCCUCUUAGAAUGAAGAACAAAUGUAAAAAAAGAGUCAUCCAGCGUUUUCACAGCUAACCAGUCAAUCUGUAACGUCAGCUUUAGGCCCAGUUACAACAAGAACAGGAAGCAUCGAAGACCAGACCAGCGGCACAAU